CUCCCUAUCCUUGAGCAAGUCUAGAGUAUCUAAGGCGGCUGUGACCUCCUGUCUGUCAGAAGGGUAACGACAUACACAUUUUCCGCGCCGUCCUUAGCGCUCUGCUAACGGAGGACUGAGUUAUGUAUACUGCCAACCUGUCCCAGGCAAGCCAUCGCAUCAACAACUAUGACAAUUACUCCAACAAAUCGGCGAAACGAAGACGACCAGCGAUUCUUCGAGGACUCCAGAAAUACAUUGGAACUGAUUUGCUGUACUUGGCCGGAGGUCUUCCCAACUCGGAGACGUUUCCAAUCACAGCGGCACAGCUACAACUAAGAGAUGGUCGGACUGUAGCCAUAGAUGAGAAUGAGAUGAAAGUGGCACUCCAGUACGGGAACAGUUGUGGGUCACUGAAGAUGUGUGAAUGGCUGACGGAGUUGCAACGACGCCUCCAUGAUCCGCCUACCCUCCCUCCUCUUGGCGUCUCCACAUCGGCAAACAGCGACAUGAUCACAAUCUGCACCAACGGUUGUACGGAGGGUAUUAGCAGGAUCCUUGGAUCGGUGUUGGAGGAAGGGGACUCGUUGCUGGUCGAGGAAUCAACGUAUCCCACGGUCAUGAAUAUGAUUGAACCACUGGGUUGCAAACCGGUGACUAUCAAGAACGACGCAGAUGGAUUGAUUCCCUCAGAUCUUAGUAACAUCCUGAGUUCCUGGAACGAGGCUGUAUCCGGACCACGGCCAAAACUCCUAUACUGUGUUCCGGUUGGUGGAAAUCCGACAGGUGCCAACCUCACUUUGGAGAGAAAGAAGGAAGUUUAUGCUUUGGCGAGAAAAUACGACCUCUUAAUCAUCGAAGACGACCCGUACUAUAUGCUACAAUUUACAAGGCCUCUCACACCGAGUUUGCUGUCAUUAGACGUAGAUGGGCGUGUCCUCAGAUGUGAUUCUCUCUCUAAACUGAUGUCUGCUGGUGCAAGGAUUGGGUAUGUUAGCGGUCCAAAACAAAUCCUGGAAACAAUCCUUCAUUGGAAAGAUUCAGACCCUGGCUCAUGUAAUAGCUUGGCACAGACCAUCAUAUGGAAGGUUUUACAAAGCAUGGGGCACGAUGGCUAUAUCGAACAUGGGCGUGAUGUUGCAAACGUCUACUACGAGAAAUCGAAGCGUGUUUCCAGGACAGCUGAAAAACAUCUUAAAGGUUUGGCGGAGUGGUCUGAUCCUGUGGCUGGGAUGUUCCUGUGGAUGAAGCUAUUGGGUGUAGAGGACUCCAUGCCCAUCUGUCAGAAGCUGAUCCAGAAAGGGGCUGUGGUGGUCCAGGGACACAUCUUCUGUCCUGCCUCGGUUAAGUCCCCUUACAUCAGAGUAUCUUACUCUUAUGCGUCUGAGGAAGAUUUGGACAAAUCCUUCUCCUGGCUGGCAGAGAUCCUCAAGGAACAACCAACACAGUGAAGAGCAUGCUCCAUGUGAUGUGCGGCUUUGGCAAAUAUUCCAUUUGGAAAGACAUGUUAAUGGAAGAGUUAUUUACUUACACAUUUAAAUAACACAAAUAAAUAACCGUGAUUGGAUG